AUGUUCGUCAAAGCCCCCAUUGCCGCUGCUAUCCUGGCCGCUUCUACUAGCGCUUCGCCACUUGUGGCUCGCUAUGGUGACUCAUACACACCCUAUCAAGGUGAUGGUUCUACUGCGGCCGGAUGGCCAUCCCAGUCAUCGUGGGGUACAUACGACCAGCUUUGGAAUACCAACAGUGCCGUUAUGACGAACACUUGCGGCUGGAACGGUUGGGGUGCCGAUAACUCGGCCACUGAGAUUGCAGGCAUCAACACGGCAAUCCAGCAGGUUGCUGGCGAAACGGGCGUCGACGCUCGAUUUAUUCUCGCUAUUGUCAUGCAAGAAUCCAAAGGCUGCGUUCGCGCGCCCACCACCGACAACGGUGUUCGCAACCCAGGUCUGAUGCAAUCCCACAAUGGUUCUGGCUCUUGCGCAGGCGUCAACCCCUGCCCGCAGAGCCAGAUUCUGCAGAUGAUCCGAGACGGCACUGCCGGUACAUCGUCCGGUGAUGGUCUCCAGCAGACUCUCGCCACAGCCCAGUCCGCCACCGGCGACAGCGGCAGCCGCAUGUUCUAUACCGGUGCUCGCAUCUAUAACUCUGGCUCGGCCACUUACACCAAUCUCAACGACGGCCGUGGCAGCACCGCUUGCUAUGCCGAGGAUGUGGCUAACCGCCUCACUGGAUGGAUCCUGGCCCCUUCCAACUGCCAGGUCUAAUAGACCUUGGUUUGCGAUGGCGAGAUCUAUGCUACGGAUGCGAC